ACCUUACUCCAUCUGUUGGUAUAUAAAUAUUUGAUCCAAAAUCAAGCUUAAUAUUGAACCAGCGUUUAGUAAUACUAAUUGUUACUUCUUUCUUCCCGCUUUUAGAGAUCAACAUGAUGUUUGUAUCUCAGCAAUGGAUGCUCUCACUUGAAAUACUAGCACUAGUGUUCUUGUUAGGCACAACAUUCUCAUUAGCUGCUACUAGGAAGACUAAUAAAAAUAUUAUAACAAAUAUUUUUAUGUCUCCCAAGAUUGAACUAAAUCCAGGAUUUGUUUCAAAUAAAGUGUAUUAUGAUGUUGAGUUUCCAAGAGGUCAUAUUUCACUCAAGAGUUUCAAUGCUGAGCUAGUUGAUGAUGCAGGGAAUUCUAUACCUCUUUAUCAAACUUAUCUACACCAUUGGAUUGUUAUAAGAUACCACCAACCUAAAAAUGUGACACCAAAUAGCCAAUCAGGUAUUAUUUUCCAAAGAAAUAAUGGCUUUUGCCAAGAGGAUAUUUUAGGACAAUACUAUGGUCUUGGAUCAGAAACAAGAAGCACAAAUACAUAUAUUCCAGACCCUUAUGGUAUAGAAGUUGGUAAUCCUGCUGAAAUUCCAAAAGGGUAUGUGGAGAAAUGGUUGAUCAAUGUUCAUGCAAUUGAUACGAGGGGUGUGGAUGACCGGGUGGGAUGUAUUGAGUGCUCAUGUGACCUAUACAAUGUCACAAAAGAUGAAAAUGGUAAUGCUUUGAGUCCAAAUUAUAAAGGGGGUUUGCAAUGUUGCCCUGAUAAUAGUAAGUGCAAGAUGAGGAAAGGAUUUUUGGGCCCAAAGAAAAGCAUCUAUUUGAAAUACACUGUUAUGUGGAUCAAUUGGGAUGUUAACUUUAUGGUGCCGGUCAAGGUUUAUAUAUUUGAUGUGACUGAUACUUUGAAGCUAUCAGAUAAGUCUAAAGGAAUUAGUAUAAAGCAUGAUUGCAAGGUAGAAUAUGAAGUUGAACCUUGCAGCAAAAGUAAUGUGAAUGGUAGAGGUUGUGUUGAUGUGAAGAGAGCAAGCUUCCCGAUGAAAAGUGGCGGUUAUGUCAUCUAUGGAGUUGGUCAUCUACACACAGGUGCAAUUGGAUCAACUCUAUAUGGACAGGAUGGGAAGGUUAUAUGUAAUUCAAAUCCAAAAUAUGGAAAUGGAAAGGAAGCAGGAAAUGAAAAAGGGUAUGUUGUAGGAAUGACCACUUGUUAUCCUCAACCAGGUUCUAUCAAGAUACUUAAUGGUGAAACUUUAAUUCUAGAGGUGAACUAUAACAACAGCAGAAGACACUCUGGAGUAAUGGGGCUUUUUUAUUUCUUGGUGGCAGAAAAGCUACCACACCAACAUGUCUAACAUUCCUAUCAUUUUUUAUUUGAUAAAUUCUAUGUGGGUCAUUUGAUAUUGUAGUCCACCGUAGACUAGCACUUGAAAACUAUUUGAAAUUUCAAUGAUAAUUUAUGGUAUUGUCGGAAGUAGAAGUUUACGAUCUUUCUCAUCUUAACGAGUGAGAUGGUGACCCAAUUGAUCCUGUUUAAAAAAAAAAAAUAAGGGAAAAGCAAAUACUAAUGCCUUAAUAUUAAGUUUUUUUUGUCAUCUUAACUCACCACCUCACUCAUAAAGACAAAAAUAAUUGUCAACUUCUACUUCUAAGGGAAAGCAUGCAUAGUUAUUGAUAUUUUGAUUAAUUUUCAAAUGUUAUAUCACUAUAAACCAUUUAUAAAAUUGGUCUGCUGCAGAAUCCGUUAUUAUUGUAUUUGAUAGCAAUCGUUGCAUGUUAUGUUGAAAAAAUAAUCAAAAUGUGGUAUUGCAGUAUACCCUGAUAGGAUUUUUUUAAAUAUACUAUGUGCUAUUUUCUA